AUGGCAUCACAAUCACGGCUGCUGCGGCUGCCCGUGCUGCUGGCCCUCCUCCUGGGAAUAGCCCUUCUGUUCCUUUCCCCGCUGGUCCUGGCAGAUUCACAAGACGCUUUAGACAAGGAUUCAACAAAACCUGAUCUGAUAUGCCACACAAGCGACCCCGCUGACUGCUACCCGCGCAUCUUUGUACCCACGGAUGAGUUCCAAACGGUCCACGACGACCAGGAGAUCCCCAAAGGUCUGCACGUGCAGCUCAACAUCAACACAGGCGAGAAGCUGGCUAAGAUAUACGUGCCGGAUGAACCCGUCGAUCCCGCCCUCGAGGGCCUGCCGGUGGAGCGGGAAGUCAUCAAGGUCGAGCCGGAGGCCCGUGACGACCCCAUCGUCGCGCCGCCCAAGGGCGCACCGGCGUAUGAGGCGGCCGGAAAGAUCAAGGCCCCGCCGCACGAGAACGCCGGCUUUGUCAACGCCGUGAGGCUCCUCAAGGCCGACAAGGGUGAGGACGACCCUGCCUUUGACGCCUCGCUCGACGCCAUGGAGGAGCUGGCGCACGACCUGCACUACGGCCUCCAGGUCGCCUCGGAUCCGGAAAUCAUCAAGUCCCUCGUCUGCCACAUGAUCCAGGAGCCGCACCCCGGCACGGCUGCCGCUGUCGAGGGCCUGCCGCCUCGGGACCAGCAGGCGGCCACCAUCCUCGCCGCCAGCCUGCGGAACAACCCGACCGCGCUGGCCGAGGUCAGCAAGCACUGGCCGGAGAUUCUCAAGCACAAAUGCCCGGGAGCCAAGGCACCGCUGGGGAGCGAGCUUUGGCGCUGCGUCGGGCCGCGGGACGACGACACGGCGCCUGCGCCUGCGUCCGCAAGCUCAAUUAAGGCUCGGGUGGCCGCCGUCGACACCCUCAUUAAGGACCACAAGAUCCGGGACGACUUCGUGCGCGCCGGGCUAAUGAACACGCUGACCCGCGUGCUGGCCCGCGAGGGACCGGAGUGGGCGGCGGCGCAGCGAAAGGCGGGCGUCCUGGCCCUCAACAACUUCCUCGACGAAGACGUGGGUGCCAUCACCGGGCAGUGGCCCAAAGGACCCCGGCUGACGGACGAGAAGUGCGCUGAGGCGGGCACCCGCGCGCCGGAGGGCUGCUGGGACUAUCACGUCGAUCGCAUCGUGAAGGCGAACAAGGCCGACAAGAGCCACUGGAGCAAAGAUGUUCAGGCGCGGCUGGCGGCAGCGCGUAAGGCGAACCCGAAUGUGCCUCAACAUGUGGAGUUGUAG